GUGAGCUUGGGACGACUGUGAUUGCAACAGUUUUUUCGCCGACUUGUCAGCGUUCUGGAAUACUUACGCUUCUCUCGAUUGUUCGGUGAAGGCUGCACCACCAAAUAAGAGCGGAUUUGACCAGAAUAAGGUUGUUCACCUACUUUUCAAGAUUCCUGUUCUCUCAAGCGUGAAUUACGACAAGUAGGGAGUGGGGGUAGAUAUUUAUCGGCACAAAUCGCUGUAAUGAGACAGCACGGAAAUAAAUCAAUCGACUUCGCCACCUUCGCACCACUAUGACUCGUUUUCAGUACUAAAGGACUGAAAAGCUGGGUAUAUCUUUGUUCUGGGUUCUAUGUACCUGAAAGACAUAGUCCUAUGCGAAUGUCACAUCACCAAAUAAGAGCAUAUUAGCUAAGCAGAAAAGAAGCAAGGACGGGUUUCUAUUCAACAACAAAAAGAAGAGGACAACGAGACCAUAAAGCCUCUUCCCGAUUGAAGAAGUCAUGCUUGAAGCAAGAAUGGUAAUUAUUGCUCUCUAUUGCUUUGCGUUCUUGAGGUUUGGCUUUGUAGCAGCUCAGACAGCGGGAGAUGAUAACCAGUGCGACCAACUAUUGGAUUUUGAGGAAAUGAAUCAGCUAAACUGCUUCUCAGCCGUUGGAGGCGGUUCACGAUCCUUGUCUGUAGACAAAGCGAAGAGUGGUCAGCGUUCUCUCAAGUGGGAGGUAGGUGCCACAGCUGGUUCGUCGGUACUGACCUAUACCAGGCCUUCAUCAUCUAUCAUUACAGGAAAUAAACUCAGGCGAGGUGGUGUUAAGUUGUGGCUUUACAAGAAAGAUACUUCCAAUGGAAGGAUACUGACUGUUCACCUACGGGAUGGUACCCGCAGGACUUCGUUUGGGGGUUUUGAUGUCAAUCUCGGAUUUAAAGGCUGGAGAGCAGUAUGGGUGGCAUACUCUGAAUGUAAAUCAUCGUCAAUCCCUACCCUAAGUCCCUUCAAGUUGAGUAAAGUUACCUUUUCGGUGAGCCAUAAAGAUACCAUCUACUUUGAUUUGAUUGACUUUGUGGACCACAUGAGCUUCCAAACUCGCGAUAAAAUAGUACCUCCAAUUAACCAGCCGGGAUAUGACAAGACUGAAAUCAACACCGCUCGGCAAUUAUAUCGUUGGAGUCAAAAGCAACCUACCAAUCUUCCUAUAGCGGUAGAUUCAUCUAAAACAGAAGGUCUGAAUCAUAUCGAAAGUCGUCUGAGAAAUUUCUAUUGCAGUGAAGGAAAAACCAGUUACGAUUUCACCGGAUUUCUCAUGAAACGAUGGAAAUCACUGACGAAAAGUAUUGAUAAAGCACACGAGCAAUACGACAAACUUAUAUUUAAAACAGCAUCAGAUGGGGCCAAAGUGAUAAGUGGUCCUUCAUUGUUUUGCUAUGGCUGUAAAAAGGGGACAACAAAGUAUUCCGCCACAGAUCAAACGAGAAAGUUCAGCUUUGUCAUGGCCAAUAUUAUGCUUCCACUGGCGCAGGAGUACUACUUACGGUCUCGCCAGGGUGAGAUAGAUAAGACAGUAGAGAAAGAAUUAAAGAAACUGAGCUCUUCUGCUUCCACUAAGGUAAGAAUUUCUCUGAAACGAAUAGCGGGAAACCACAAACCCAGACAGGAUGAGUUCCUUAACUACCUCAAUUCCAAAGGAAAGCCUUACACCAAAGCAAAAGUCCGUGAGUCAUUAGAGUAUAUGAACAAAGUUCGUCUUCAACGGGUCAUCAAUUUGUUGGAUUACGUUGCAGACCAAGGUUGGACGGAUGGUAGUGCCAUUGGUUCCAUAAGAGGAGAUUUGAACCAGAACGGACCUGGAUACAUGCAUACCCUUUUCCUUCUUAAGAAUUCUCUUCAUGAAAAUAGUGCAAAUAAGAGCAGACUUCUAAACCUAGUCAGUGCCGCAAAAUGGUACAACUACUUUGGAGAGGUGUAUCAAAGGCCGUAUGAGUACAAGGGAACAAAUGCUGAUAGAAUGAUUACAACAAUGCUAUUUCGUCUUUUGACUGUUUUGAUAAUGCCUACCGAUACCCCUGAUGAACAGAGAGCAAGGCAAAGAGACAUGGAUGCUCUGAAAUUGUGGAUGGAUAAUGCUUUAGCCAUCAACAAAGCAUUUGGAGGAGUUAUCAAACCUGAUUUUACUGGUUUUCAUCACAUGGUGUUCUAUGCAUCCGCAUAUAUACCUCAAGCACUGCACACAGCAGCGCAACUACAGUACUUACUAGAAGGAACUGAUUAUGCUUUAUCGCACUCCUCUAAGAAAAAUUUACUUGAGACGCUUAAGACUCUACGGGUGACAGCUGUAAAAUACUCUACACCAAACAGUGUCGGAGGACGCUUUCCUAGCUUUUCACGGAAAAUCCUGGUCAACAUGCUUCCUGCAUAUGCCUAUGUCAGCGUUACGCGUCAGUGUUCAAGAACCCAGAAUCCACUUCCAAGAGUACAUAUCCCUGACCUGAACACGGAUGCAGAAAUUUUUCUACGAUUAUAUCAGCCUUCCGACCAAACAAUAUCCAAGUAUCUGGGUAGUGGAAGAAUAAGUCAAGGAAAAUCAUAUAUGAAUACAAUGGGAUCUCUGGAUAUAAUGAUCCAAGCACACAAAAAAGCAGUUGACAAGGGUAUGGCUGCAGAAUCCUCUCCAAAUGGUCAUUGGUCUAAGAACUUCGCUGCUCUUUCGAUACAUCGUCGCGAAGACUGGGCUGUUACCGUAAAAGGCUUCAAUAAAUUUGUCUGGGAUUUUGAGAUGGGUCCUACAGAAAACCCAAACGGAAUUUUUCAAAGCUAUGGUCAAAUGCUCAUUGCUAACAGCGAGGAGUCCCUUUUAGCGCAUGAUGUAGAGGAGGGAUGGGAUUGGACAAGAAUUCCUGGUGCCACUACCAUAUCCCUGACUCUUGAGGAAACACGAGUGAAAAAAGCAAGGUAUUUCAGUCCAAGAUCGUUUGCUGGCGGAGUUACUUUCAAGGGACCAGAGCCAUUGUCAAAUGGAGUUUUUGGCAUGGAUUAUUACCAACCAGAUUACCAAUUCAUACAGAGUUCUCAUCCCCAACUCAAGCUUUCUUUCAAAAAGUCAGUUUUCUUUUUCCAGAACAUAGUGGUUUGUCUGGGUAGUAACAUAGAAAUAAAAAACGGACAAGGAAAAAUUGCUCAGACAACUCUAUUUCAAGACAAGGUUCGAAGGGUUGAGACUGGAAAUCAGAUGAAGUCUUUCUCAAUCGAGCUAGACGGUAUUAGAAAAGAUGGUUCAACUACAUUUGUAGCAAUGGUGCCACCUUUGGAUUCAACAAAACGCUACAUUAGUCUUCUUGACACGAAAGGUAACAGCUACUAUAUCCCGCCUUCGAGUGCCUCGAGUCUCAAAGUUCAAAUUGCAAAUCAAAACUCAAGAACACCAGCAGCUAGGCCAUCAAGUGGUCGUUACGCCACAGCUUGGCUUGAACACAGUUCUUCCGAUGACAACUAUGAGUACGCUGUUUACGUAAAAACAACAUCAUACCCCAAGUCUGCUAAAUUCGUCUGGGAUUUUCAGGCAAGUCAACUUAAUAACAAAGUAUACAAAGUCCUACAGAAGAACGAAGUAGCACACGUGGUCAAAUUUGAAAUGUCUUUAGUACAAUGGCGGAAAGUGAGUCCAGCCCAGUUUGGCUAUGUGAUAUUUUCAUCCACCAGAACGCUUCCUUCGGACGGUCCAAUUAGAUCAUCCAAUCAACCGUGCCUUAUCAUGGCAAGAGAAGACGGGGGAUUUCUCUAUCUUAGCGUCAGCUAUCCAGACCUGGCAUUUCCUAAUUCGGACCAUCUAAGGACAAUGGAGGAUAUCGGAGUCCGGGAGUAUUACCAUGUUGAAAGCCAGGACAUCUCAGUUACAGUGGUUUUGAGAAAAAGAGUGCACAAGUCCCUUCCGGAACAACCGGUGGUGCAUGGAUCACCACCUGAAUACUUGCCUACAGUUCAAGUCAAAUCGACGAAUCCCACGCGCCGAAAAGGCAACAAAAUUGUCUUUACCAACCUAAAGAAUGGUUUCAGUGUCGAAGUCAAGCUUAGGAUUUAGCCGGUGAAGAGGCUCUGCUUCUACCUUAAGCUUGUGAGUAGGUAAGAGGUGCACUGUUAGAUGUGUAAGAAAUAAGUGGAAGCCUCUUUUGCCGCAAUGAAUUUGAAUACUUUACAUUUUAUCUGUCUUCAAUUCUGAUGUUUGCAAAACAAAUAA